AUGUUUGGAAAACUCCCCUCUGCCGCCCUGGUGCUGGCACUGAGCCUGACAAGCCAGGCCACCCAGAUCUUCAGCAACACUGGAACCACCUCAGGAUGGGAUGCCACCAACCAAGAACACUCAGGCACAGUCCAACAAGUGACCAACGUAUUUUAUGAAGGCCCAACAGCGCUGAAGAUGACUCAAGUCUACGACUCCAGCUACACCGGCCGCUACCACUCGGAGGUGGUCAAGAACAACGUCUACAAGCGCGGCGACACCGGCUUCUACGGCUUCACCUUCCGCCUCCAAGAAAGCUGGCAGUUCUCUCCGGCCCAGUCCUACAACAUCGCCCAGUUCAUCGCCGACUUCACCGACACAGGCUGCGACGACUGGAUGCCAUCAAGCAUGGUCUGGCUCGUCGGCGACCAGCUCUACACACGCGUGAAGCAGGGGACUAUCUGCGCGCAGAAGAUCCAGACUUUCUCCAACUUGGCCACUGUGACUGCAGGCGCGUGGCACAAGGUUGAAAUCCAGUCUAGCUGGAAAUCCGAUGGCACUGGCUACUACAAGUUGUGGUUUGAUGGUGUGAAGGUCUUGGAAGAGUAUAACAUUGCGACUACUAUUGCCGAUGACCGCGCCUUCCAGUUCCGUGUCGGUCUCUAUGCUAACGGGUGGCACGAUGAUGGUGGUAUGAAGGGUACUCAGGGUACGAGACAGGUGUGGUAUGAUGAGAUUGCCGCUGGCAGUACUUUUGCCGAUGCCGAUCCUGAUCAGUGGUAA